AUGGGAACCUCAACUGGGCCGAGGCACUGGCCUCGACUCAUAUAUGCAGUAGCAUUUUGCUUAAUUGCUAGCACCGUUGCUGCUGAUGAUAACAAGCCUUACUAUGGAGGCCAACCAAACUCCUAUUACCCAAAUCCAACACCACAUGAUCACGAAGAAACCCCACCCUUCUAUUACAAACACCCUCCAUAUUAUUAUGAAUCCCCACCUCUUCCUUAUGUCUACAAGUUCCCUCCAUAUUACUACAAAUCUCCACCUCCACCAUCUCCAUCACCUCCUCCUCCAUAUAUUUACAAAUCACCUCCGCCUCCAUCUCCUUCUCCCCCACCACCUUAUGUCUACAAGUCUCCCCCUCCUCCAUCUCCUUCACCACCCCCUCCAUAUGUGUACAAGUCUCCUCCUCCACCAUCUCCCUCACCUCCUCCACCUUAUGUCUAUAAGUCGCCACCACCUCCAUCCCCUUCUCCACCUCCUCCAUAUGUCUAUAAAUCUCCUCCUCCUCCAUCUCCAUCACCACCCCCACCAUAUGUUUACCAUUCACCGCCUCCUCCAUCUCCUUCACCUCCCCCACCAUAUGUCUACAAGUCACCACCACCACCAUCUCCAUCACCACCACCUCCAUACUUUUAUAAGUCUCCUCCUCCUCCAUCUCCCUCCCCUCCCCCACCAUAUGUUUAUAAGUCACCACCACCACCAUCCCCUUCACCACCUCCACCAUAUGUGUACAAGUCACCACCGCCACCAUCUCCCUCACCUCCACCACCAUAUGUUUACAAAUCUCCACCUCCACCUUCUCCAUCACCACCUCCUCCUUAUGUUUAUAAGUCUCCUCCCCCACCAUCACCCUCACCUCCUCCACCUUAUGUUUACAAGUCACCACCACCUCCAUCCCCUUCACCACCUCCUCCAUAUAUCUACAAGUCUCCACCUCCACCAUCUCCCUCGCCACCACCACCAUAUAUUUACAAGUCUCCACCUCCACCUUCUCCAUCACCACCACCUCCUUAUGUUUAUAAGUCUCCUCCUCCGCCAUCACCCUCACCUCCUCCACCUUAUGUUUAUAAGUCACCACCACCUCCAUCCCCUUCACCACCCUCUCCAUAUGUCUAUAAGUCUCCUCCCCCACCAUCUCCUUCACCACCCCCUCCAUAUAUUUACAAGUCACCACCACCUCCAUCUCCUUCACCACCAUCUCCAUAUAUUUACAAGUCUCCACCCCCACCAUCUCCAUCACCACCGCCUCCAUAUGUUUAUAAGUCACCUCCACCUCCAUCCCCCUCACCUCCUCCUCCAUAUCUCUACAAAUCCCCGCCCCCACCAUCACCGUCACCUCCUCCACCCUAUGUCUACAAGUCACCACCACCUCCAUCCCCCUCACCACCUCCUCCAUAUAUCUACAAGUCCCCGCCUCCACCAUCCCCUUCACCUCCUCCACCCUAUGUCUACAAGUCACCACCACCUCCAUCCCCUUCACCACCUCCUCCAUAUAUUUAUAAGUCUCCACCUCCACCAUCCCCUUCUCCUCCCCCACCAUAUGUCUAUAAGUCCCCACCACCACCUUCUCCAUCUCCACCUCCUCCUUAUAUUUAUAAGUCUCCUCCUCCACCAUCUCCUUCACCACCUCCCCCAUAUGUCUAUAAAUCUCCACCUCCACCAUCUCCCUCUCCACCUCCACCUUAUGUCUAUAAGUCACCACCACCUCCUUCUCCUUCACCACCUCCUCCAUACAUAUAUAAGUCUCCACCUCCACCUUCUCCAUCACCUCCUCCACCUUAUGUCUAUAAAUCACCACCACCUCCAUCACCUUCCCCACCUCCUCCUUACAUUUACAAGUCCCCACCUCCUCCAUCCCCAUCACCUCCUCCACCAUAUCAUCCCUACCUCUAUAGUUCACCCCCACCUCCGGUGUAUUAA